CAUUAAAAACUGUAGUAGUUUGAGAAAUAUUACUAUUAUUAACUAUGGCUAAAGAUCAAUUACAAGUACUAAAUGCUCUUGAUGUUGCUAAAACACAAUUGUAUCAUUUUACAGCAAUUGUAAUAGCAGGAAUGGGAUUUUUCACUGAUGCAUAUGACCUUUUCUGCAUUUCACUUGUGACUAAAUUACUCGGUCGAAUUUACUAUCAUCAUGAGGGUGAUAAUAAGCCAGGGAUUCUCCCUCCAGGUAUCUCAGCUGCAGUGAAUGGAGUCGCGUUUGUUGGGACACUAUCGGGUCAAUUGUUCUUCGGGUGGUUAGGUGAUAAAAUGGGAAGGAAAAGAGUAUAUGGAAUGACUCUCAUGAUCAUGGUUAUUUGUUCGAUUGCAUCAGGGCUGUCUUUUGGUAAGACCUCUAGUGGUGUGAUUGCUACGUUAUGUUUCUUUCGAUUUUGGCUUGGUUUUGGUAUUGGUGGCGAUUACCCUUUAUCAGCAACGAUCAUGUCUGAAUACGCUAAUAAAAAGACUCGUGGAGCUUUUAUAUCUGCAGUAUUCGCGAUGCAAGGAUUUGGGAUUUUGACAGGAGGGAUUGUUGCACUUGUUGUUAGUGGCUCGUUUAAAAACGCGUACCCUGCUCCAAUUUAUUCUGUUAAUAAUGAAGGUUCAACCCCUCCUGAGGCUGAUUUCGUAUGGAGAAUUAUACUUAUGUUUGGUGCUAUACCGGCUUUGCUUACUUACUAUUGGCGUAUGAAGAUGCCUGAGACAGCACGUUACACAGCUUUGGUAGCUAAGAAUGCUACAAAAGCUGCUUCCGAUAUGAGUAAAGUGUUGAAUGUUGAAAUUGAAGCAGAGAAAGAGAAGAUUGUUGAGACACAGGGGAAUAGUUUCGGGCUGUUUACUAAGGAGUUUCUUCAUCGUCAUGGACUGCAUUUGCUUGGAACAACUAGUACAUGGUUUUUACUAGAUAUCGCGUUUUAUAGUCAGAAUCUAUUUCAGAAGGAUAUAUUUAGUAAAAUUGGAUGGAUACCUCAUCCAGAGACGAUGAACGCGUUGGAUGAGGUAUUCAAAAUUGCAAAGGCACAGACUCUUAUUGCUCUUUGUAGUACAGUACCUGGUUACUGGUUUACAGUUGCAUUUAUCGAUAGAAUGGGUAGAUUUGCGAUUCAAUUGAUGGGGUUUUUCUUCAUGACAGUGUUUAUGUUCGCGUUAGCCAUACCAUACAAUCAUUGGACUAAAAAGGAAAAUAGAAUUGGUUUUGUUAUCAUGUAUUCACUAACCUUUUUCUUCGCGAAUUUUGGUCCAAAUGCUACAACGUUUGUUGUGCCCGCGGAGAUUUUUCCAGCUAGGUUGAGAUCAACGUGCCACGGGAUAUCAGCUGCAGCUGGGAAAGCUGGUGCUAUUGUUGGUGCAUUUGGUUUUCUGUAUGCUGCUCAAUCUACUGAUCCAUCUAAAGUCGAUACGGGUUAUCCUACUGGAAUUGGUGUGAAAAAUGCACUUAUUGUGUUAGGUUGUGUGAAUUUUCUUGGAAUGUUGUUCACAUUAUUAGUGCCAGAAUCAAAAGGAAGAUCAUUGGAAGAAAUGUCAAAGGAAAAUGAAGGAGAAGAAGAAAUAACUAAAGGGGAAAAUGCACAAACUAUUCCAGUUUCCGUUUAAUACAUAAAUACGUCAUUUAAGAUCGUGCAAAGAGCUUUUGAGGCUCUUUAGUAAAGCUUUAUGUUCUUUGUUUUUGUAUGUUACGAUGAAAUAAUCAUCUAUUCUUUUUUGGUUUGUGGUUUUUUUUUCUUCCUUCUUGUGUAAUUCUGCUAAUCUUUGAUGCAGGAGCUUUUGAUUUUCUUUAUGUUAUAAUAAAAAUAAAUUCAGUA